AUGACUCUGAGCGCGGAGAUGUCCGCCGCCGCCUCCGCCUUGGCCGAAGAGGCAGACAUCGACGUGGUCGGGGAGGGAGAGGACGAGGGGGGCGGCGACGAGGACGAGGACGACGACUCCCCGGGCUCCGGCUCGCCCUCCUCUCCCUCCUCCUCGUCCUCCGGCUCCCCCUCGCAGCCGGGGCCCUUCAGGGCGGCGGGCGGCGGCGGCAAGAGCAGCCUGGUGAAGCCGCCCUACUCGUACAUCGCGCUCAUCACCAUGGCCAUCCUGCAGAGCCCCAAGAAGCGGCUGACGCUGAGCGAGAUCUGCGAGUUCAUCAGCGGCCGCUUCCCCUACUACCGCGAGAAGUUCCCGGCCUGGCAAAACUCCAUCCGCCACAACCUGUCGCUCAACGACUGCUUCGUCAAGAUCCCCCGCGAGCCGGGCAACCCGGGCAAGGGCAACUACUGGACGCUGGACCCGGAGUCCGCCGACAUGUUCGACAACGGCAGCUUCCUGCGGCGCAGGAAGCGCUUCAAGCGGCAGCCGCUGCCGGCGUCCGACCUGCUCCUCCGCGGGCUCGAACCCGCCGCCUUCCUUCACCCGCCGGCCGCCCCGCCGCCGCCUGGGCACCCCGGCCAGCCCCCCGCCUACGCCUACGGGCCUUAUAGCUGCGGCUACGGCCUCCAUCUCCAGCCUUACCACGCGCCCUCGACACUCUUCGCUUUCCAGCCUCAGGAGAGGCGGCCGUCGGCGUCGGGCCCCGUCCUGCCGCCCGCCCCACCUUCCCUCCUGCCCGCGGCGGCGGCGGCGGCGGCACCGGAGCUGGCCCGGACUCCCAGUUUCGGCUACGCGGCCCAACUGGGCCCGUCGCUGGCCGCCUCUUUGCACGCGGCCGCCACCAAGACCACCUCGGCCUUGGCGCGCUCCCCGUUCUCCAUUGAGAGCAUCAUCGGGGGCGGUGUGAGCCCCGGGGCGGGGAACCGCUGCGGGUCUCAGGCCGCAGGGCUGCCGGUCCUGGCACGAACUCUGAUGGCCUCGUCGUCGCCUUCGCCCUCGCUGGCCUCUCCCGCCGCCGCCGCCGCCGCCUCUCUGGGAACUCUGCCCCCCCACGGGGCGGCCUUGGGCCGCCUGGAAAGCUGCGCGGCCCGGAUUUCCAACUGCUAG